AUGUCGUCUCUUUCUCGCCGCGCAUGCUACAAGUGUGGCAAUGUCGGCCAUUAUGCUGAAGUGUGCACUUCCUCGGAGAGAUUGUGCUACAACUGCAAGCAGCCGGGUCAUGAAUCCAAUCAGUGUCCUAUGCCGCGCACAACCGAAACAAAACAAUGCUACCACUGCCAGGGACUUGGCCACGUCCAGGCUGAUUGCCCUACCCUGCGCAUCAACGGUGGCCCUACUGGAGGUCGAUGCUACUCUUGUGGCCAGAUCGGUCACUUGGCUCGCAACUGCCCCACUCCUAAUGUUCAGGGACCACCCGUCGGUCGUGGUCGUGGGGGAUAUGCUGCUUUCCGCCCAGGCUACGGUGUGACCAACAACCGGGCAGCGACAUGCUACAAAUGCGGUGGCCCUAAUCAUUAUGCUCGAGACUGUCAAGCUCAGGCUAUGAAAUGCUAUGCUUGCGGCAAACUCGGCCACAUCUCUCGUGAUUGUACAGCUCCAAAUGGCGGGCCGUUGAACGCUGCAGGCAAGACCUGCUACAAGUGCGGACAACCCGGUCACAUCAGCAAGGACUGUCCUCAAAACGCUGAAGCCAACGGUUCAGCAGCGCCAGUCGCCAACGGAGCGCCAGCGGAUAGCGCUCCAGCUGCUCCCGCCACCGAGGCCACCGAGGCUAUAGCCACUGCUGCUGCGGUUGCUUAG